AUGCCGAUAUCCACGCUCCAAGGCUGGCAUCCUGGCGAAGUCUCCAUCCAACGCCAACUAGGCUACGCUGCUGCCGUGUCCUCCCGCUGGACUGCCGUCGAGAACCAACUCCGCGAACAACAUCAGAUCUUCCACACUUCGAAUCUAUCGUUCAUUCCACUCACAACGACGGAUGACGAUGGACGGCCCUGGGCUGGGAUCGCAGCCGGCUCAACGGGGCAAGUCGGGUUUGUGGAGAGUCCAGGUCUGAAGACAUUGGUUUUCAGGGCAAGAUUGUGGGAUGGGGACCCGCUGUUAGAGACAUUGAGGAAGCGGAAAUCCUCUCGGAGUAGUCACGGAGAGACCGCAACAGAGGAGAGGUAUCUGACUGCUGGGCUGGGGAUUGAGUUCUCGACGAGGAGGAGGAAUAAGUUCGCGGGCAGACUCGAGCGGGUCAAGGCCAUUACAGAACAGGACUAUGUGUUCGAAGUUGGGAUUACCGAGGCAUUGGGGAAUUGCCCGAAGUAUAUUAACGUCCGCCAACUGGAGCCAUACCCUUGCACGAAACCACAGAUCGCAUCCCAGUCGUUGCAUAUGGCGCCAACAGAAAAGCUACCGGACGAAGUCGUCGACAUGAUAACGUCCGCCGACACGGCCUUCAUAGCAUCUAUAUACAUAUCAGACCCUGCUACCGCGGCAAAAUACCCCCCUCACGCGGGGAUGAACGCGCGCAGCGGCUUACCGGGAUUUAUCCGAGUGAAGCCGUCCGAUAGACGAACCAUUGUCAUCCCUGACUACUCCGGAAACAGAUUCAUGUCGAGUCUGGGCAAUAUCGAGUCAAGCGGGUUAGCGGGGCUCACGAUCGUCUCGUUCACAACCGGCGACAUCGUCUACUUAACCGGUAAAGCGAAGAACCAUAUCGGGCCAUCUGCUUUAGAAAUCAUGUCUAGACAUGCUAGUAUUACGGUGUUGGAAACUACGGGCUUCACAUUCGUUCGCAACGCGCUUCCUGUGAGACAAACGCCUGGCUCCGAGGUACAGCGGAGCCCUUACAGUCCCAAGAUCAAGUAUUUGGUCGAAGAAGCAGAGGCCGACACGGGUGGUUCAGAUGCGCACAAGGCCGUUCUCGUGACCGGAAUCCAGCUUUCUGAUGACCUGGCCGUCUUCAGGUUCAAUGUCUUGUCCAAAGACGGCGCUCCGCCAUUGAAGGUCCGACCAGGUCAAGCACUAGCGCUAGAUUUCAUGAAGUGGGUAGGUCCGCCAGAGUAUCAGCAUAUGGCGGAUUCGGCUCCGGGCUCAAUAAAUGACGACCGCGUACGAACAUGGACGGUAUCUAGUGCCCACGAGGGUAUAGACAUCACAUGGUUUGAAUUAACAAUGCGGAAGAUGAAGGGUGGUAUAGUGACGGGGGCUCUGUUUAAUGCCCUGGAGAAGUCUCGGUCGAAUCGACGAGGAUGUCCUGUUCAGAUUGAAGAGAAGGUCGAAGUCGAGAUUGUUGGUGUGACAGGGGACUUCACUUUACCCAGAAUGGAGGUUAACACGCUAUUUAUUGCUGGAGGAAUCGGGAUUACACCCUUCCUCGCUAUGUUGGGUGCACUGAGUGCGCGCAGGGACGCAGCUCGAGGCAACGUCGUACUUGCACUAUCAACAAGGGAGCCGGGUAUCAUGCUCAACCUGGUCAAAAGGGCUCUGGGAAACGUCCCCUCAACCGUCAACUUCCAGCUGGAUUUAUUCACCAGCCGGUCCACCGAGUUGGAUCCCGUCAGAUUCAACCAGGAAAACGUACACAUCUCGCUAUACGAAGGUCGAAUUGGGCCGGAGUACUGGAAAACAACCACCAAAGAUCAAGACGUGUUUAUAUGUGGACCAACCUCAUUUGGAGAUGCGGCCAUGGAUGGGUUGCGGACUGCUGGCGUCCGACAUGAGAAGAUUCAGAGGGAGGGGUUCUAUUAG